AUGCCUGCCUACCACUCCGUCUUCCUCGAGGAGCCCAACCAGCAGCUGAUUGGUACUUACCGCCCGGCCGCUGUAGCAGCCCGCCCACUGACCGAUGCACCAGGCAACUUCGCGCUCCUCCCUCUCCGCACAAGGACUCGCGGUCCCGCACAACAGCUCCCAGCGCUUCCCGCCGACGUCACGGAGCUCACCAUCGAUGCAGCACACGAGUCGUACGACCCGCUCGAUGAGAUCCUGGCCCUGUUUCGCGCAAACACAUUCUUCCGCAACUUCGAAAUCAAGGGACCUGCCGACCGCGUGCUCAUUUAUGGCAUCCUGUACGUGAGCGAGGUGCUUGGCAAGAUCAAGCCAGGCAUGUCGCGGAGAGAAGCUGAGAAGGCCGUCAUGAACCUUGCUCUCGACACCAACUUCUCCAUUCCCGGUGAUGCAGGCUUCCCCUUAAACCAGGCUUUCGAGGCACCACCAGACAGGAACUCAGCGGAGAUCCUGAGACAGUACAUCAUGCAGAUGCGGCAGGAGCUAGCGACAAGGUUACUGAACAGGGUGUACGCGGACGAUACAGGUGCGCCGAGCAAGUGGUGGUUGAGCUACACUAAGAGGAAGUUCAUGGGCAAGGCAUUGUAG